CAGGCUCUUGCUUUCAUGUGACGGGUGCUCGAGCUGGAGACGCGGAGGACUGGCCUGCAUGCUGCCACUUUCUUGCUGUGCAGCUACAUGGCUUCGAACGGGUUGGCAAAGAAGGACGAGGUGAAGCCAAUCCAGCUGACAUGUCCGCCGUUGAUUUGGUGAUGAUGGCCGGGGAGGAGUUAGCCGGAAAGGGUGGCCAACUUCUUGAGAUUGCUCUGAAGCUUGGAGAGCUGCGAGAGAGGCUGUGUGAUGGAAAGGAGGUGGCCGUACCAGCAGCAGAAGGAGUACAAUGGCCCAUGUCCUUCCAAGAAAUAGUGACUGCCUUUGCGUUGGAGCCCAAUUUUUGUAGGGAAUGGUGUCAGCUCUGUGAUCUGUGUGAUUCUGUGCCAGCUUUGCAAGCCUCGGAUUCAUGCUGAGAUCACCUGCCUUGGUG